AUGGAACUUUCAGAACCCGUUGUAGAAAAUGGAGAGACAGAAAUGUCCCCAGAAGAAUCAUGGGAGCACAAAGAAGAAAUAAGUGAAGCAGAGCCGGGGAGUGGUUCCUUGGGAGAUGGAAGGCCGCCAGAGGAAAGUACCCAUGAAAUGAUGGAGGAGGAAGAGGAAAUCCCAAAACCGAAAUCUGUGGUUGCACUGCCUGGUGCUCCUAAGAAAGAGCAUGUAAAUGUAGUAUUCAUUGGGCAUGUAGAUGCUGGCAAGUCAACUAUUGGAGGACAAAUAAUGUAUUUGACUGGAAUGGUUGACGAAAGGACACUUGAAAAGUAUGAAAGAGAAGCUAAAGAGAAAAACAGAGAAACUUGGUACUUGUCUUGGGCCUUAGACACAAAUCAGGAAGAACGAGACAAGGGUAAAACAGUAGAAGUGGGUCAUGCCUAUUUUGAAACCGAAAAGAAACAUUUCACAAUUCUAGAUGCCCCUGGCCACAAGAGUUUUGUCCCAAAUAUGAUUGGUGGUGCCUCUCAAGCUGAUUUGGCUGUGCUGGUAAUCUCAGCCAGGAAAGGAGAGUUUGAAACUGGAUUUGAAAAAGGAGGACAGACAAGAGAACAUGCAAUGUUGGCAAAGACAGCAGGUAUAAAACACUUAAUUGUGCUAAUUAAUAAGAUGGAUGAUCCAACGGUAAAUUGGAGCAAUGAGAGAUAUGAAGAAUGUAAAGAGAAACUAGUGCCAUUUUUGAAAAAAGUUGGCUUCAAUCCCAAAAAGGACAUUCACUUCAUGCCCUGCUCAGGACUUACUGGAGCAAAUCUCAAAGAGCAGUCAGAUUUCUGUCCUUGGUACAUUGGAUUACCGUUUAUUCCGUAUCUGGAUAAUUUGCCAAACUUCAGUAGAUCAGUUGAUGGACCAAUCAGGCUGCCAAUUGUGGAUAAGUACAAGGAUAUGGGCACUGUGGUCCUGGGAAAGCUGGAAUCAGGAUCUAUUUGUAAAGGUCAGCAGCUUGUGAUGAUGCCAAACAAGCACAAUGUGGAAGUUCUUGGAAUACUUUCUGAUGAUGUAGAAACUGAUACUGUAGCCCCAGGUGAAAACCUCAAAAUCAGACUGAAAGGAAUUGAAGAAGAGGAGAUUCUUCCAGGAUUUAUACUUUGUGAUCCUAAUAAUCUUUGUCAUUCUGGACGCACAUUCGAUGCCCAGAUAGUAAUUAUAGAGCACAAAUCCAUCAUCUGCCCAGGCUAUAAUGCGGUGCUGCAUAUUCAUACCUGUAUUGAGGAAGUCGAAAUAACAGCCUUAAUCUGCUUGGUAGACAAAAAAUCAGGAGAAAAAAGUAAGACCCGACCCCGUUUUGUGAAACAAGAUCAAGUAUGCAUUGCUCGCUUGAGGACAGCAGGAACCAUCUGCCUUGAGACCUUUAAAGACUUCCCUCAGAUGGGUCGUUUUACCUUAAGAGAUGAGGGUAAGACAUUUGCAAUUGGAAAAGUUCUGAAACUGGUUCCAGAGAAAGACUAAGCAUUUUCUGGGUGAUCCUGCACAAUACUGUGAGGAAGAUUGACUACAAAAGCCUACUUCACACCGCCUUCUCUUAUUUUCUGCCCAUUGAUAAACCUCUCCCCAUAUUUUGCAAAGAGAAAAUUCACAGCAAAAGUCCACAUUAUAUCAGCUUUCUCAUAUUAAGAGCUCUGCUAUGCCACUAUUGAAUUUUUCCCAAGAUUCUCGCCCCUAGCCGCCCCCCCUUCAAACUCUGCUUCCUUGGUCAGAUUUGGCAAUAGCUUUGUAAGUGAUGUGGACAUAAUUGCCUACAAUAAUGAAAACCUACAAGAAUUUUUUUUAUUUUUCAUUUUCCCCUUAGGCAUAUUUAGUAUUUUUUUCCCCAGGCAGAUCAUUCUGAGUGUGCGUGUGUGUGUGCACAUGUUACAAAGACAACUACCAUGUUAAUAAAAUAUUCAAUUUGAAAAAAAAAAAAGAAAACACCCUUAACAAAAGCUUCUUCUGGAGAGAAAAAGCCUCACUCCAUAGAGACAUUUGAACUCAAUGUGUUUUACAAGCAAGAUGCCACAGUGGUGACUUAGUGAGCAUGGGUAUAGUAAUAAUUACAUAAUUAAUGAUCAUAGCAGCUCGCAUUUGUCUCACUCCCAUAUGCCCUGCAUUAUGCUAAACACUUUGCUGAAAUGAUCUCAUUGAAUUCUCACUGUACACAACUCUAUGAGAUUAGGUACUAUUGUGAUUUCCCUUUAAUGGAUGAGGAUCUAAUAAUAUUCCAUAAUGGGUCCUGGGCACCAUCCAAAAUUGGUGUUGAUUCUGAUGCAUCAAACUCAUUAUUUCUGAACAGUAUAAAUGCAAGACUAACAACAGAAGCCAUAGAAGGCCAGGGUCCUUGGAUCUGUGCUGAUCAAAAGCUUUGUGUGGUAUUUCAUUGAUUUCCCUGAGAUCAUCCAGUUCCUUUAGCCCUUUUUGUCCAUCUCUCACUACCCAACGUCUUUCUUCUCUUUACUCUGCUCCUUCUGCACUCCAGGAAUGUAAUCCUUACCUCAUUAGCCCAUCCAUCCAUAGUUCUUUCCAUCUGGCUUGACGCUGGGCCUUUGGGCCUGCUUGAUUGUCUGCUUCUUCUCCUGCAGUCGUUGUCUACUUACCCUGUGGCUUCUGGAAGUUCUUCUCCAACCCUGCUGCAUUCGUAGUCUUUUCUGUGCAGUCAUCAGGUACCAAGUACAGAAACUCUUGAAAAUCAUGGGCAUAUUAGUUAAGAACAGGCUCUGGAUUCAGACCUGGGUUCCAAUCCUGGCUCUGCUACUCAGAGCUGAGGAAUCUUGGGCAAAUUACUUAUUUUCUCUGAACUUCAGACUUCACAUAUGUAAAUGGGCAUAACAGAGUUGGAUUAUAAGGAUUAAAUAAUCUAUGUAAAGGGUUUAGCACAGUAUCUGGCAUGGAGAAGAACCCAAUAAAUGGUAACUGGAAGCCUCUGCUUUUAUCUGAAUGGAGUUUGGGAAGGAGGAUUCACCUGAUCCAUGCCUCUCUCUGCAUCUGAAGCCUUACCACCCCUAGAAACUUUCUAAAUAUGUACUCCCUGGACUCCUUAGGUCAGAAUUACUGGCUUCCCUUUAAAAAAAUAUAAGCACUGGGGGUUUAACCCCAGAAUUACUGAGUCACAAUCCUGAGGGCCUAGGAAUUUUCAUUUAAACCAUCCAGGGUGAACUUUAUUUUACUGAGGUUUCAGAACCACAAUAUAAAUGAACCUUUGGCUUCAAAGCACCUUGCAUUUCUGAGGCUUCCAGAUUUGGCUGUGCCCUGCCAGGACACAAUAGCAUUUUCUGGUUAGCUGCCUGGGCCUGUCAUAGGACUACCUUCCCUCUGCUGACUCAAGGUUAUUUCAGAGUCCACGGAGACCUCUGGCAUUAGGUGAAGGGGAGUCCAUCGUUACAGGGAUCAGCGCUUCCUUUCUUAGGAGUUUGACAGAGCCCCUUGGGCCCCUGGGUCUUAGGAGCCAGGUCUGGAAAUGACUUCCCCCUCAAUGGCUCCCAUUCCCUCUUCAUGCCCAGAGGUCAGUCCAGGGGCUUGUCUAGAACCUGUAAUGAACACUACCAGCCUUAGGCUCAGAGCGUAAGUGUUUUUCCUCCUCUGGGUCUGUCUUUGAGAUACCCAGGUACAAAUGGUCUUUGUAGGGACCAGAUCAUACUUGAGGUGGUCGUUAAGGAUGUCUUCUGAUUCAGGGACAUUUUCUAGAGCCUGGCAUCUCAUGGUCACACAGACUGGACAUGGCUGGAUAUCAGAGAUUCAGGACUUAUCUGUCAGUGUUGGCCUAACUGCUUCCCUCUGCUUCCAACAACUCCAACUCAGAGAGAGACUUUUGCAGACCUCUGAAGAUUCUACCACAGACUAAUUUUUUCAAAUGUGAUGGAAAUAAUGAACAUUAUGUACAUUCAGCAUAAUGUACAUUUACAUAUUUUGUAUAUGUCAUCAGAGAGUUUAUGGAGCCACUGAAGUGCUUCUGUAGGGUCUAUGGACCCUAGUUUAAGAAUCUCAAGAGAGAAGGAUCAUCAUCCGCAUCUGGGAUGUACAGGAGAGGGUUCCAGGUCACCGUGGAGGACUGGCAUCCAUCACCAUGCCUGGCUAAUUUUUGCAUUUUUAGUAGAGGCAGGGUUUCACCAUGUUGGCCAGGCUGAUCUCAAACUCCUUAGCUCAAGUGAUCCACCCACAUUCACCUCCCAAAGUGCUGGGAUUACAGGUAUGAGCCACUGCACCUGGCUUUUUCUUUUUUUUAAAAAAAUAUUUUAGCAACCAAAAAGCAGCAUUGUAGUCCUGGCAGCUACAAAUUGAAAGUUGACACUGCCCCCACCCCCAACCUGUACUGUUUAACAUUUAUUGGAGAAAAUAACUAUCUUCAUUCACAUUGAAGAAUUAGUUGCUGGCCAAGGACCUUUUGUAGAAGCUUCCCCAGAAACUAGGAGGUCCUCUUACAAUGCUGGUUGGAGUUGCCAGGGUCCAGAGGCACCUCCAUGUCCUGGGUCACCAGAUAACCAGCCUUGCUGCUCUUUCCCCAGCUGCAUUCUGGAGGUAAGAGGCUGGGCCCAGGGCACAGGAGGGGGCAUCUGGGAAUGUCUGAAGAGCCAGUUGAGCAGCUGGAUUCUUCUCUACUAUGGAUAGCAUUUCCACAAUCACAAGCAUUCCCUAGGUUACAAAUAACAUUGCUCAGAGACUAGCAACUUUUUUCUGUUGCUUUCAAGAACUGGUAAAGUGGAAGAUGUUUAUGACAAAGCAAGAGGGUCAAUAGGUCAAAUGCUAAAAUAUGGUCCCUCCAGCUGGCCAGGCAUUAGGAAAGACCCAAGUGGUGGGAGGGAGGCCCCAAUAGGUAUCUGUAUCCCCGCAUCUCCACAGUAGCUCAAACCCACAUAAAGGGGACACCUUUAUGUGAAUGAGAAAAGGUACCCCCUGGAGGCAGAAGCUUUUAGCUCACACUCACUUGAGACUGAGGGCCAUAAGACUGUACAAGCUUACAGCGUGGAUCCCUGUUUCUAAUAAGGUUCUCUAGAAAGGUAGUUUUUUGAUUCUCAUCUUGUACCCAAUGAAGUUAAAAGAAUCUGGAAGAAAACAGGCUUCCAAUAAAAUUUUGUUGUGUGAAUGA